UUAGGUAUGUCGAAAAAGUGCGGAAUUUGUGAUGCUCCGGCUCAUGGUCGCCACUUUGGAGCAUUGACCUGUCUAUCGUGUGCCGCAUUUUUCAGAAGAGCAAUAUUUGCAAAGAAAAAACGGAAAAGCUGUAAAUCUGGAAAUAAAUGUCGAGAUUUUAAUGGAAAUUUUCCACAAUGCAAGAGUUGCCGGAUGAGGAAAUGUUUAAGAGUUGGCAUGAAGCUGGAAUCAAAAUCCCCGCCACCAGCUGCCAUCCCCCAAUCAUUGGAAGUUUUUGUGAGCCGCCCAAGUAUGAUAUUGUUUGCCAAUAAACCUUCUCAAACAAGAAAUUUUAUUGAUGUGAGCAACUUGGUAGCUCGCGGGCUCAGUAUCCUAAAGCACGGAGCUCAAAGCCCAUUGAAUCAGAAGCUCACAAGCCUUGAAAAGAUGGCGUUGGCAGGGUCACCGUCCAUGAAGAAAUUUAUGAAAGUGAAUGAAGUCACUAGUAAAUAUGUCGCAAAAGUUUGGGAGUUUGAUUUUAUAACGGCGGCUAGAUGUCUGGCUAAUUUGGAUGGGUUUUCAGAGCUUCCGGAUAAAUUGAAGAUGCAAAUUCUCCAGUCCAUCUGGCAUGUAUGGGCCCGUCUUUUCAAAGCGGCCCGGUCAGCGCAGCUCAGAAAACGACAGGGACUAUUCUCAAAUGCCCUUCAAAUUUCUGACAAUCUGUAUGUAGAAAUGGAGACUAUUCGAAUGGAUGUCACGUGGCUUACCAGAUAUUCUUUCGAUCAGGUUAAAUAUUUUUUGUACGGCGUGGAAGAGGACUCUUAUUUGAAGGAUUCUAUAGAAUCAUUGACAAAACUCGAGCUGACAGAAAUUGAACUCAUCUAUAUGACUGCUCAAUUAUCGUUCCUAUAUGCUCAAAAUCGAUUUUCCGGAACAGAAAUCGGUGAAAUCUGUGAGAAGCUUCAAGAUGGUCUGGGCAAUGAUUUGCAUAAUUAUUACACGAAACCCGAGAAGAAAAAUCGAAAUUAUGUGGGGAGGCUCACGCAAAUGCUCAAAAUAAAUUUUAGUUUAAUGAAAAAUAUUCGAACGACACGGGAAAGGUCACUGAUUGCUCAGACAUUUGACAUUUUUAUCGCCGACUAUUCUCAUCCGGAAAUGUUCAUUGAUACCGGGUGUUGAAAAUUAAUUAUCUUAUUAUUUUUUAAUUUUUUUGAAAAAUAAAACAUUGUAGACUUGAUUUGACAA